UAUAAAUGGGAAAUAGAGGGACUACUAAUGCUAACUCUAAGAGAGUUCAGCAAGAAGAUGUACCAGUCUUGAAAAGCCACAAUAAUUUGAGAAGAGAUAGCUUAUGCCUCAAGAAGAUCAGAGGAAGCCCUGGGGAUGUAUAUUCCCUCAAUUUUGUAUUCUCAUGAACUUUUGAUUGAAUAAUUACUAUACAGCUCUGAGCAAGUGAAUUCCGUAGUGCUGAGAAGGAUGCCCCAACACUUUACUUCUAUACUCCUCCGGAACUUGAGAAUGGGUCUUUUCAAUAUAAGUUUUCAAAGGGAGCGAUACAUGAGUUUCCCGAGAAAGCGUUCACUUUGGACUUCAAUAAAUACGAUUUAGAGGAUAUGACCACUUACAAAGAGGAUGAAUAUUGCCCGAUUGUGAUCACUAUUGAGAACCAAGGCAGAAAUAUCCCACAAGUUUACAGGCACAAGUGACUUAUGCUUAUUUUAACUAAAAAUAGUAGAGGCGAGUACAAUAUUUUGAUAAAAAAGCAAUGCUUACUAUUCGAUAAAAAUAUUUUUAAGAUAGAGGAUAUUUAUGGAUUCGAAAAACAGGAUGAUACAGGUGACUUUGGUGAUGAAUCUACGAAGGAAUGUAUUAUUUGUUACACAAAUACUAAAAAUACAGUUGUCUACCCCUGUAGACAUAUUUGCUUGUGUAAUUCCUGAACUCAAGUAGUGAGAAUGCAGAACUCUAAAUGUCCUAUCUGUAGACUCGAAGCAGAGAAAUUUAUAACAGUUGAGAUUGAUAAGCAAGAUGCAGAAGAAGAAGUUAACCUUUACUCUUAGAGAGUUUUAAGUUAACAUA